AUGUCAGAGCUGGAAAAGGCCUUCCUUAAAUUUGCCAAUUAUGGAAACACGUCCACCCCAGGAAAUGUCAUGACGGACAAGAAUUUUUCCAAGAUGUGUCAGGAGUGUGGCGUGAUGGAUGGGACGACUGUGAACAGCGAUGAUGUGAAGAUUGCCUUCAACAAAGUCAGGGCAAAGGGGGCCCGCACCAUCAACUACAUUGAGUUCUUGCAGGCCAUGAAGGUUUUGUGUGGAAAGCGGUUCAGCAAAAAAUCGCCCGAGGAUGCUUUGCAGGCAACGUUCAAGUUGCUGGAGGGCAAGGAGCCAGCCGAUGGGGAGGCCACUAAAUCUGUCAUGGCCGGUGGGGUGGAGAGACCAACAGGCAACAGCAAGUGCUUGGGCUCACCCAUGCAGCAUUUCGACAAAAGCGGAAAGGACAAGGGGAUUUCUGGGCUCACAGACCUGGCUCAGAGCCCCAGCAAUAUCAGGAACUGCAAGGGGUCUGGCACCUAA